CGAGCGCGCGUGCGCGGCUCCGGCGGCUGCGAGCGGCUGUGCAGCGGCUGGGACUCGCGGGCGCGAGGCCGGCAGCCUGGGCGGGGGGUUCUGUUCGUGACGGGCGGCGGCGCGGGGUCCGGACUGUAGCCCGGCGGCUGCUCCAGACGCGGGCGGCGGCAGCGGAGGCGGCCCCUUCGCGGGCGCGAUGUGGCCCCUGUUGGUGCUGCUGCUGCUGGGCUCAGCGAGCCGCGGUUCAGCUCAGCUAAUAUUUAAUAUAACCAAAUUUGCAGAAUACACCACUUGCAAUAAAACUGUUGUAAUUCCAUGCCUCGUUAAUAAUGUGGAGGCACAAAACCUUAAAGAAAUGUUUGUAAAGUGGAAAUUCAGAGAUAAAGACAUUUUCUUCUAUGAUGGAGAGAAAAAUGAAUCCAGCCCCAACAGUAACUUUUCGAGCGCAUUCAUCGUUCCAGAAGCACUACUAAGUGGCAUUGCCUCUUUGAAGAUGGCCAAGAGCCAUGCUGUCCCAGGAAACUACACUUGCGAAGUGACAGAAUUAACUAGAGAAGGCGAGACCAUCGUAGAACUAAAAUAUCGUGUUGUUUCAUGGUUUUCUCCAAAUGAAAAUAUCCUUAUUGUUAUUUUCCCAAUGUUGGCUGUACUUCUGUUCUGGGGACAGUUUGGUAUUGUGACACUUAAAUAUAAUGCCAGUGUUACGAAGGAGAAAACCAUUCUUUUAUUUGUGGCUGGACUAGUGCUCACUACAUUUGUCAUUGUUGGAGCCAUUCUCUUCGUCCCAGGUGAAUAUUCAACGAAGAGGGCCAGUGGACUUGGUUUAAUUGUAGUUCCUACAGUGAUAUUAAUAUUACUUCAGUACUGUGUGUUUAUGAUAGCUCCAGCCAUUGGGAUGUCCUCCUUCAGCAUCACCAUACUGAUCCUUCAGGUGCUGGGCUUUGUGCUUUCUGUGGUCGGGCUAAGCCUCUGUGUCUCAGAGUGCACCCCAAUGCAUGGUCCUCUUCUGAUUUCAGGAUUGGGUAUUAUAGCUUUAGCGGAAUUACUUGGAUUAGUUUAUAUGAAAUUUGUUGCUUCCAAUCAGAGGGCUAUACAGCCUCCUAGGAAAGCUGUAGAGGAACCCCUUAAUGCAUUUAAAGAAUCAAAAGGAAUGAUGAAUGAUGAGUAACUGAAUUGAAGUGAUGGACUCUGACUUGCAGAGUAGUAAGAUGUGAAAGGAAUGCACUUAUGUUUAAGGACCCUGACCUUGACUCACUCACUGUUCAAGAGAAGAAAACAAGAAAAGUGACUCUCGUCUAUAAGAGAAAGUAAAUCAUUGACUUUUAAAUGGUUAUUGCAGUUACGUUUUUAUUCAAAGCAUUUGUGAUUUAGCUAAUAAAAGAAUUAUAAUCUGUGUUGUGUGCCCAAUUGCAAUCCAGUUUUUUAUUGUUAAUUUUCUUCGAUUAGGGGCAAAAGUAAAGUGGGCAACUUCCAAGAAUGAUGCCUUUCAGAUCCUAGGACCUCUUGACUUUUGGUCACCAGUGUAAAUUGUUUCAGCGUGAGAAUUACUUGGCACUAAUCUGGUGGUUACCCAGAGAUGUCACUGAAAAAUGGUGGCUUCCAUCGAACCUCAGGAAACUGAGGUUCACAGCCACUUUGGCAGUUAUGGUGUUAGCCGGAUAAUGGGUCUGCCACUUCUAGGUCAAGGACAUAGCAAAUUAAGUACAGACAGGAAUUUAGUUGGAAACAUUUGUGUGUUGCUUUUGUGCGACGUGACACUCUUGGAGAUCAUGGUGUUCACUCUUGGGGGUUGCCAUUCACGCAUUCUUCCUUCAAUAGAUAUAGGGUAAUUUUACUGAUGGAUGUCUUUUUCUUUUAUUCAUACAACCUUUCAACCCUGUCUUGUCCUCCUGUUGUUUGCUUCUGCUGUGCAAGAUGUAGCACCUUUUCUCCUCUUUGAACAUGGUCCAGUGACAUGGUAGCGUCAUUGCAGAAAGGAGCCAGACUUGUUCUCAGAGAACUGUGUUCACACGUUUCAGCAAAAAUAACGAUGGUUGUAACAUAUGUAUUCCCUUCCUUGGAUUUGAAGGCACAGUCUAUGGUGUUUUUUCACUUCUCUUCUGAUCUGGGGCAUGAAAAACCAAGAUUGAGGUUUGAACUGUGUCCCCUGCAUGGCAACAAAGUGUGUGUCACUGUCAGGCCAAUAGAUCAGCCCUCAAAAGGGUGGUUCUAUAGCUACUGUAUCUGUGUUGCAUGAUAUACACUCACCAUCUUCCUCCUGUGUCCUGCCUCAUAUCCCCCUGACUCCACGAUUGAAAAGUAAAGCAAAACCCCCCGUUUUCUACUCCGUUAGAAGAAAAUUAACGUUCUGACAGUGUGGUCACCUGGAGAAUGUUUAGGUUAUUAGCACUCGUUUUCCUCCUUUGUGGGUGUGUAUUUGUAUGUGCACGUGUAUAAGACAGGCACAUGCUUCUUCUGUGCAAACAACAGUGGGGUACCUACAGGGGAGCAAAUGCUAAUUCAUGGUUUUAGCAAAAACAUUUAAAAACAAAGAUCUUUAUUGAGUGGGAUUGUAUUUGAUGAGAAUAUUUGAUCACUUAAAACUUUUAAAACUUGUAGGUCAGUUGCCACGUCUUUUGACUGCUCACCAAUACCCUCUAAAAAUACUAGUAAUUCUUCCUGCUUGUGUAAUAAUAAGACAUUCCUUUUUGUAGUCAUAUUACGAAUAGUUAUUUCCCAGUCCACUGAAUGUUCCCAUGUGCCUCUUUAAUGUCAAAUUGAUUGUCAUAUUUCAUGUUGGGACCAAGUGGUUUGCCCAGGGCAAACCAGAAUUUAUGACCUGUGAUGCCUCUCAGAAAACCGAACACACUAUGAAGACAGCGCUUCUUGGAAAAACAGAAAAGAAAACUAAUUUUUCCCUAUUUGUGUUGCUGUCCAAAAUAUUAUAUUAUGUAGAGGGAGCUGUAUUCCUUUAUACAACUUGCAUGGGUCCUGCUGCUCUUUGUUUUCUGAAAAUAUUUAUAUUUUAGGAAUAUUGUUUGUUACUUUAGAAAACAAUUUCAUUGAAAGGAGGGAAAAAGCAGAUGGACUUGAAAAAGAUUGAAAUUCUUAUUCUCUACUAAGAAAAAGACAGCUAUGAAAAUCUUUAUAGUGAACUUCUUAUACACUAACAUUGUAUCUUUUAAUAUGCAGUCAGCUCUCCUUUAUUUAGGGUUCAACUGGGACUUACCCAUCCUUUGUGGUUUUUAACGCUGCCCAUCUUUGGAGGCAGUCACUGCAUGAGACAAGGCAGAGAGGUAGCAGGAUGAAUGCCAGAUGAAAGCAAGUCUCGUGCUGAGUCGUUGUCAGCUUCUCUGGAAAAGGGACCACAGCAGCGGCAUCCCUCUCGCUUGGGCAUCAUUGGGCCAGUCCGUUCUCAUCCCAUCAGACUUGUCAUGGCUCCCAACUUUCUGUCGCACCUAAUUAAAAUUGCCAGCAAUGUUUUGGGCAUCAUAUAUCUGUUUCCCCCAUAAUCUGCUUUUUGCUUCCUGAUCUCAUUUUUUCCAUUGAUUCUUCUGUCCAAUUUUAUUUAUUGUGUGUCCUCAGAGUGAUGCCAUUUGUCAUUUUUGCGGCAACCAUUUCAACCUUUCUGGCCAAAUGAAAUUUUCCCUCUGCCACAAAACAGUAUCUUUCAGCCCUUCCUUCCCCAUUUCUCUCACUUGAUUUGAAAAUUCCUGCAUAGCCAGAGCUUCACCCCCCCCCCUUUUUUUUCCCCUUCAGUGUCUUACAUACAUUAGAUACCCAGUAUAUAUUUGAUGAUUGAGACUUGGUUGUAUGUAGAUGUCCCACUAUUUUUAAUAGGGUGAGCAAGAGUUUUCUUUUUAGGACAAAUUUCACAUAAUCUGAAAACCUUCAGAGGUGGUGAUUUUUCACCUGGAAACUCCAGGUUCAUUCUGUUUAAAAUUUCUGAGAAUGUCAGAAUAAAAGAAUGAGUCUAGCCCAUAAUCAGAAGUAUUGAUCUUUCCAGGAUGCUGUAGUCACUUUAGUAAGUGACCAAACAAAUUGUGGUUUGAGUUAAUAAAGCUCAAAACUGAUGAGUUUACUCCUUCAUCUCAUAAGAAGUAAGCUCUAUUCCACCUCUAGAUUUCUCUUGUCCCAAAGUGAGUAUUCAAAACUGGACCUCUGUCAUGUUAUGUGUGGGAAUACAUGCCCCUUACCUACCUGUCCUUGGAAACUAGAGAAAUGAUUGUUGGGCAACCCUUUAUCUUUUUAUGACAUUGUAUUUAAUGGUGAGUAUGAUCAGAAAGUUUUACAUGUGUUGUAUUUUCAAUGUCACUAACUGCCAUCUCCCACUGGGGUCCUUUGUGAGUUUCCAUGGCUAAAAGGGAUAACCCAGGUACCUUUCAAGAGAUGAGCAGUGAAUGGGCAGUUUCCUGCCUUUGGUUUUUGACAGCUCUUACUUAUCAUUUAAGUCCAGUUCUCCCAUAAAUUUAGCUUUUAGGAAAAAAAGAAAGCAUUUUAAAUAAGCUUCUCUGUAAGGCAAUGUCAGUGGAAUCUUAGAUGUGUUAUUAGGGUUGGUGAGAAAGGAAGACAUUUCUGUUUUUAUUAAAUGGAGCAUUAUUUACAGAAGCCAUCGCUGAGAAUUAGAUCCCACACCAGAUGAAUGUCCAUCUACAAUCUAAAUAAAGAAAACUCCAGUGUUGCUAUGUGCAAGAUACUCUCUUGGGGGCUUUUUCCAUAGCAAUUAAAGGUGUGCUAUUUGUCAGUAGCCAUUUUCCGAAGUGAUUUAAAGACCAAAGUUGUUUUACAGCUGUGUUACCUUAAAGGUUUUUUUUUUUUUAUAUAUAUGUAUUAAAUCAAUUAUCACUGUUGAAGCUUUGAAUAUCUGCAAUCUUUGCCAAGGUACUUUUUUAUUUAAAAAACAUAACUUUGUAAAUAUUACCCUGUAAUAUUACAUAUACUUAAUAAAACAUUUUAAGCUAU